AUGAAAAUUUCAAAGCAAGACUAUGUCUCUUCUGUUUGGAGAGAUGGGAUUUUUGAUGACAGGGUAGUCUUUUGUACCGGUGGUGCAGGCACAAUCGGGUCUGCCCAAGUUCGUGCUCUUGUUCAUUUAGGUGCAAAUGCCUGCAUUGUCGGGAGGAAUGUUGAAAAGACCCAGCAGAUGGCAGUUGAGUUAGAAACGGCACGGCCUGGGUCUAGAGUCCUUGGAAUCGGCGGCGUGGAUGUCAGAAACCUGCAAAGCCUUGAGAAGGCCGUCGAACGUUGUGUAGGCGAGCUCGGCAGGAUUGACUACGUGAUUGCAGGUGCUGCGGGAAACUUCCUGGCUCCCAUCAGCGGCCUCUCCUCAAAUGCUUUCCAAACAGUCGUAAACAUCGAUCUUAUAGGAUCAUUCAACACGUUUAAGGCUACAGCGGAGCAUUUGGUUAAAUCAGCCUCCAAAAACCCAAAUCCGUCCUCCACAACUGGGGGGAGGAUCGUCUUCAUGUCGACCACUUUUCACUACGCCGGAAUGCCAUUUCAAGCACACGUCUCCUCCGCAAAAGCUGGAGUAGAUGCACUCUCAGCAUCAAUUGCACUAGAAUACGGCCCUAGAGGCAUUAACUCUAAUGUGAUCAGUCCUGGAGGUAUCGGCAACACUGAAGGACUGGAACGUUUAUCAAGCAAGGCGACGCGCGAUACGGGCGAAGCAGGCAGUAGAGUUCCGCUUGGCAGAUAUGGGCUGGUCCGAGAGAUUUCUGAUGCAACAGUCUACCUUUUUGCAGAAACGGGGAAUUACGUUAAUGGGCAUGUUCUCGUCGUAGAUGGGGGAGCUUGGCGAAUGCCAGAGCUCGUGGGCAGUAGUGGUGGCAUGAAAUACCCGGACAUUGUGCUCCGUGACUUCAAACUGGCUUCAGAUAUCAAGACAGGCCGAGAGACACCAAAGCCAAAGAUGUAA